AUGAGGCUCCUUGGUGCUGCCGGUGCCCUUACCUUAUUAUUCGUGAACAGCGCAUGCGCAUCCAUAUUACCCCGAAAUCAUGAUACGUUCGAUUACUUCGCUCUCCAUCUUGACCCUUCCGUUUCCCCCAUCCAGAUUGCGCAGUUGCUAGGAGCCACACAUGAGGGGCAAAUCGGUGAAUUGGCGGACCACCAUACAUUUUCCGCCCCAAAAGGUGUUCUAGGUUCGAAUUUAGACAAAACAUUAGACAUCUUGAAGCUCAGGAGGCGGAGAAAACGAGAUGCAGUACCGCCGAACGGCAAAAUAUCGAUGGUAACAGAUGCUUUGGAUGGGAUACUCUGGUCACAGAAGUUGAACUUAAGACCUCCGAUGGUGAAACGGACGCCUCCACCCCCAACACUACCGCAACCGGCGACAGCAAAAAUUAAGGCUCGUCAGUCGAGGCCACAAGACCGGGAAGUUAAGGAUGGUUUUAACGCUACGGAAAAGUUGAGUGAUAUCGCAUCUCAAUUGGGGAUCGCGGACCCGAUGUUUCAUGACCAGUGGCACCUGUUUAAUACUGUUCAAUUGGGGAACGAUCUCAAUGUUACAGGCCUCUGGCUGGAAGGUAUAACGGGCAAGGAAUCGAUUUCGGCCAUUGUGGAUGAUGGAAUAGAUAUGCACAGCAAAGAUCUGAAGGACAACUACUUUGCGGAUGGGUCAUACGACUACAACGACAAGUCGCCCAUACCUAAGCCCCGACUAUUCGAUGAUAAACAUGGCACGCGAUGCGCUGGAGAGAUUGCAGCAGUGCGGAAUGAUAUCUGUGGCGUUGGAGUGGCUUACGAUAGUAGGGUUUCGGGGAUCCGUAUCCUAUCUAAACCCGUGUCGGAUGAGGAUGAGGCCGCUGCAAUCAACUACAAAUACCAAGACAACCAGAUAUACUCAUGUUCCUGGGGCCCCGUUGACGAUGGUAUGACCAUGGAAGGCCCUGGCACACUCAUCCAGCGGGCAUUUGUCAACGGAAUCCAAAAAGGGCGGGCGGGAAGGGGCUCGAUAUAUGUGUUUGCCGCCGGUAACGGUGCUUUGCAUGAAGACAACUGCAACUUUGAUGGCUACACUAACAGCAUAUACAGCGUCACAGUGGGAGCUGUCGAUCGCGAUGACAAUCACCCAUAUUAUUCUGAGUCGUGCUCCGCGAUGCUCGUGGUAACGUAUAGCAGUGGCGUUAACGGAGCUAUACACACCACCGAUGUCGGAGUGGAUUCAUGUUCAACGAGACAUGGGGGAACCUCCGCCGCUGGGCCGCUGGUUGCGGGCGUUGUGGCGCUUGCGCUAAGCGUCCGUCCUGAGCUCACAUGGCGUGAUAUCCAAUACAUUUUCCUAGAGACUGCGAUCCCAAUCCAUUUAAAUGAUAGUGACUGGCAGGAUACCAGUAUCGGCAAAAAAUUUAGCCAUGAAUUCGGCUAUGGGAAGGUAGACGCGUACUCUGCUGUCCAUCUAGCUAAAGACUGGAAACUGGUCAAACCACAAGCUUGGCUGCAUUCUCCCUGGCUACGGGUUCAUAGUGAAAUCCCCCAGGGAGAGGUGGGACUUGCCAGUUCCUUCGAAGUCACCAAAAAGAUGUUGAAACUGCACAAUCUUCAGCGCCUAGAACAUGUCACUGUCACGAUGAAUGUCAACCACACCCGCCGCGGUGAUUUGAGUGUUGAACUCCGCAGCCCGGCUGGUGUCGUUAGCCAUCUAAGUACGACUAGGAAGCGUGAUAAUAACCCCGUUGGAUACACCGACUGGACAUUUAUGUCAGUCGCUCAUUGGGGCGAAUCCGGCGUCGGUAAAUGGACUGUAAUCGUCAAAGACACAGUCGUUAAUGCUCACGAAGGCACGUUCAUCGACUGGCAACUGGAUUUGUGGGGGGAAGCAAUCGACCCAAACAUCCAGAAACUCCACCCCUUACCAACCGAACACGACCACGACCACGACCAGGACGACGAACCCGCUAUCGUAACCACUGCCGUCAUAACGCCCACGAGCGGAACCAGCCUCCCCACUCCUUCCUCCGUGCCAACCGACCACGUCGACCGCCCGGUCAACUCAAAACCAACCGGCUCCCCAUCCGGUACCGACAACGACACAUUCCUCCCGUCCUUCUUCCCUACCUUCGGUGUCUCCAAACGCAGCCAGGUCUGGAUCUAUGGCUCGCUCGCACUUAUCCUAAUUUUCUGCUGCGCGUUGGGUGUUUACUUCCUCGUCCAGCGUCGGAAGCGCAUCCGAAAUAACCCGCGCGAUGACUACGAGUUUGAGAUGAUUGAUGGUAGUGAUGAGGCGGAUCUGCUCAGUGGCGGUGAUGAUGUAGAGCAUAUGGGUGCCGGCACUCGUGGUUUGGGACGGAAGCAGCGGAAGAAGAAAGGUGGGGAGUUGUAUGAUGCUUUUGCUGGGGAAAGCGAUGAGGAGCUUUUGAGCAAUGAUGAGGCUGAGGAGUUUAGAUUAUCUGAUUCGGAGGGCGAGGCACCGUAUCAGGAUGAAGACGAAGAUGAGAAGAGGAUUAGUGUUGGCGAUCUAAGCGAGAAAACCUAG